AUGGCGGUUCCCUCGCCCACUCUCGGAGAGGUCGUCUCGGCUAUCGACAACGCCAUCCGUCUCCACUACGCCACCCACACCGCCCCUCCCAACUUGACGGCGAUCCUCGCCAGCAGCUCGCGCCUCCUCAGCUAUAAGCUCACGCGUGCCGAUGUCGCUCGAGUGUGCCACCAUUCUCCCGUUUAUACCAUAACUGAACGCAGUGACGGCGAACUAUGUAUCGAUAUGGCUUCAGCGCCUGACCGUGGAGAGGUGGUUAAAAGCACAACCCCGUUGCUUGGCUCUACGCCGGACGACGUGGGGCUCGCCCAGUUUGUCCGCCGCUCGAAGACCCCGACGUCGCUGCCGACGAAAGUGGGUAAGCACUACCUGCUUCUGACACUCAGCAACCGUCCGGAUAAGUUUACUUUUAAACAACGCAGCGAAAGCGACGCCACCGCCAAGCUGGGGCUCCUGUUGCUUGAGCGGAUAAAACUCAAGGAAACCAAGCGGAAACUCGAACAAGCGACCCCUUCGCCAACGCCUGAAGAGGCGAUGACCCCGGUAUACGCCGCCAAAGUCUACGAUAUCCUCUUUUGCCAGCUGGACGGCAAAAUCACCACCUACGAGCUCGAGCGGCUCGUCACUACUUGUCGCCAGCUGAUCCUGGUCCCGCUAGCCACCGACGACAUCAAGGGCGCCAUUAAAUACGUCGCCGACCGGCUCCCGCAAGUGUCGUGGGUAGAACGCCACAUCAACGACGAAAACGUCACCGUGGUCCGGGUGGUGGGACCUCUAAACCGCCACCACGACCUCGCCAAAAUUGCAUCCAACCCUCUAGCAUAA